AUGUCCUUUUCCUUUGGUUUUUCUCAGGCUGACCUAUCAGAUGAAGACAUUACACCAUCUGUAACGAGCGCAGCACCUUCUACUUUUCAAAGUACCAACGUUGCGUCUCUCAAUCCCCCAAAAGUCCACUCACUCGAAUCAAUCCUAAAUACACUCAAAGACGUCAGAAUCACUUUCGACAAUUACAAAACGACCAAUGGAAAUAUCGUGUACAGACGUGAGAUCUUUGACGUGAAGCAUCAGUGCAUGGUUGAGGACGAAAAUGAAGAUGACAAUAAGGAAAUACGCCAGAUUUUGCUAGGGUCUGAGGAAGAGCUAGAUCUUCGUAAAAAUGUCUACGAAGGAGGCUUCAAGCUGUGGGAGUGUUCCUACGACCUUGUGGACGAGGUUGCAAAAAACGAGGACACUUUUGCAAAAAACAGCAUUCUAGAGUUGGGGUGUGGUUCAGCUCUACCGUCCUGUUUCAUAUUUCAAAAAUGGUUAGAGAAAAACUCAUCCGGCAAAACUCUCGUUCUUGGAGACUACAACUACGAGGUGCUUCGACUUGUCACGAUUCCGAAUCUUGUUGUGCAUUGGGCAUCUACGCUAAGUGUAAAAGAGUUAGCGAGUUUACAAAACCCAGAGAUACCCAUGAAGAAUGAUGAAAUUCAGUUGACUAAGGAUCUUGCUGAUGCAUUCAUUAAUACCGUAAAGAGGCUCAACAUACAGCUUCACUUUGUGUCCGGUUCUUGGGGUCCUGAGUUUGUUGAUAUAGUGCUGCCAAUGUGCCCAGACUUAAUCCUUUCAUCGGAGACCAUAUAUUCAUUGGACACUUUGCCAAUUUUCAUCCAGACUUUGACAGAUCUCAUGUUAAAAAAUCAGUGUGCUGCAUUGAUAGCAGCGAAAUCCUAUUACUUUGGCGUUGGCGGUUCAGUAAAGGAAUUCACUCUGCGUCUUGCUUCUUGCGGCUUUCCUCUUCAGAUUGACACCGCCGACGUAUCCAAUUCGCUGCUUAAGAGAUCUAUUAUCACAAUCGUAUCAUAG